CGCGUCCUGCUGUUCCAGGUUCAAUUCCCGUUUGACAGCGCAUGCCCGACAUCCAUCCAUCCUGCUCGGCGUGAUCCUCGACACGCUUUCCUUGGCUGCACCGCCGGUGCACAACACACCGCAGCACUACCUGCUCGCGUGCGUCGUGCUCGUACCGACGUCGAGUCUCAUCGUCAUCGCCUCCUCUAUACGUCUUGUGCGACCGUCACCGCUGCGACGCCUGGCCGCUUUGUCUCUGGCCGCCGGCUGGAACUCCUUCACCCGACCUGCUCGUCCUCGACCCUCCCCGCCGACCGCGUUCCCCUCCCUCCCACUCUGCCCUUACCCGGCGGUCUCUGCGUUCUUGCAUAAAGGUACUUGGCACGAGUCCUUCGUCCUGCAGUAUGACCUCGCCGUGCCUGGUGUACCGCCCGCUUUGAGCUGCACGAGUGCCUAGGUAGCAAACACCCACGCAGCCUGCCGCCGCCGCCGCCCAUGGGCCGCCUUCGCGACCACCGACCGCCCGUCUCGACAAGACCGAGGGCUUCCUUUGCCCCAGCACCGCCGCCUUGAAAAUGGCGAGCAGUACGACCUCGAAGCCUUCCGACGAUCCUCCCCCCCAUCCGCUCGGCUCGCCCACCAGCUUCCGGAACCGACGUGGUUCCUUCGCCUCCAUGUCCGGCAGCUCCACCGUUGAUAGGGAACAGCUUGCCCAAGCUCUCGACCAGAUACACACGUCGGCGAGCCGCUGCGAGUCUCUUACCACCUUCAACGACUUUGCUCCUCCUCCGGAGGGAAUCCCUGCCUCGGAGAGUCGCGGCACGGCUGGCGAGCUCGUCCAACAUGGCCUCAGCGGGCUAUAUAGCCGCUUCCGGGAGGCCGUAGGAGGUGGUAGUCCGACCAAGACGGCGCCGAGGGAGACCGCUGAAGCGGUGGCCGAGACUGCUCCGAAGCGCGGGUCGACUGUCGACGGUCACUCAUCGCGUCCCUCCAUAUCCUCGCUGCAUCGAGGGGACACUGCCGCAACCGUUACCACCCUUUCAUCCCAACCCAACCCGACGACCGACGUGUCGUCGGCCGUCUUCACCUCGGCGACCGAAAAUCGUCACGCCCCGCAGUCAUCCAAGGCGACGAGCAUUAGCCUAAUGUCAGGCCAAAAGUCGUUCGGCUCCAGCCGCCAAAGCCUGCCGACAAAGGCUACCAGCGCCGUCACUGCCGAUCCCAUGAUCGCCGCGCCCGCUCCGUUGCACAGAGAUGCCAGUCGCAGCACCAUUCGAACUGAGGACAGCGGACCUGGGUCCAGCCGGAGGAGCCUUACGAAGGCGGAAAUGCAGGCUCGCAUUUCCCCGGCCGACUCCUCGUCCAGCAUCUACGAUCCCAAGGAGGGCAAACUUCCACCGAGGGCCGGACGGGACGAUACCUCUAGUAUUGAUGGCAGUCUUGACACGCCCCUGAGCCCAGCCAAGUCGGCCGCUCCCAUCAUGCCAACCAUCCAGACGAGGCACAUCCGUAGCCCAUCCAAUAGCUCCUCGCUGCUUUCGCCGGAUGGCGUGCGGCGCAAGCCAGCCGUCAUUGACAGGAUCAGUCGAUCCAGGUCACCGAGAUAUCCGGGGUCGAGGGAGUCGUCUCUCGACCGCGGAACCGCGGAGCCCAGUCCGAUAAUCACGUCCGCUCACAACGUGGUCUACCACGACUCCUUCACUCAGGACUCGCACGCCUAUACGGGCCAGUCCGGAAACCUCCGCAUCCCCGGAACAGUCGCAGGUGAGGAGCGGGCAUCUGAGCAGAUGAAUGCUCAGCUCGACAAAAUGCGGAAACAAGUGUUGAGCAAAGAGUUUUGGAUGAAGGACGACACGGUUAAAGAGUGCUUUCUUUGCCAGACGCCAUUCACGGCAUUUCGACGAAAGCACCACUGCCGCACGUGUGGAUGCAUUUUCGACUCCAAAUGCACCACAGUCGUGUCUGGUGAAAAGUUCGGUGUUCAGGGAUCUCUGAGAGUGUGUAAAAACUGCCUCGAAGUUAUCAGCCGGCGGUUCGACGGCAGCGGAUCCGACGACUCCGCAGACGAGCGCUCCUUCAUGCCCAAGAUUUUUGGCCCAAAUCACUCGAAAGGGUCUAGCAGCACAAGUCAAUCGCGGCCCAAAGGCCAGGAUCCAGCACUGGGAUCUGAAGGCUCAGAGGACUCGAGGCCGGUCUCGACGCCCAUGAUGGCUAUCCCAGCUACGCGUCGCGUCAAGGACGCAAGCCGCUCCUCUGCCAUCCUAGAGAUUGAUGCGCCCCAGCUGAGCCGACCCGGAUCUUCUCGCUCCCUCAAGUCAUUAGCUGCCGGUCGACCACAGUCCUCUGCGGGCCACAAGAGACACCACUCGAAACACGGGUUUCUUGGGCGCUUCAAAGCCCCUGCCCUAGAGCAGCCUGCCCCGUUCCGCAAGGGUAUCGCGGACGACAAUGCCAAGAGGCCCAAGUUUCCUGCCUUUCAUGACGACAAUAUUAUUGAUCCGGAGCUAGCCGACUACAUGUCUGACGACUCCAGUGCGGACGAGCAAGUCAACAGCAUCUUUCAGACCAUGGGCGCGUCGGAAAUGCACCCGGCAAGCUUCGAAAACGACAAGAGCGGCUUUGCCCCAUACGUGAACGCCAGGAAGCAUCGCCAUCGGCACGGAGAGAAGAGCAUCAGCGGCAUGAGCUUUGUCAGCAGAGGUCCGUACGACGACAACGGCCCUCUCAGCCUCUUGAGUCACCGGAGGUCAGCAAGACGGCGAAACUUGAGUAACGUGAGCGGGAGUGUUCAUCACCUCGGCUCUCCUCGACCGAAGUCUGCGGUGUAUAAAGGACCGUCGGCAUCGUCCGAGAUGCUCUUCCCUCUCGACCAAAGCCAACUGAAGUCGCAAGUAACUAGGAGCGACUCUCUGCGCAGGAGACCCAAGGCACCAAGAGAGGAGCUCAAUCAGUCCAGCCUGAAACACGUAGACAAGCUGCUUCACCAGCUGCUGGCGGAUACGGAGAUACCUAACCCUGCCGCGUGGAAGAAGGCUCUCGUCCCGAUACUCUUGCAACUAACGGACGAAGUAACCCCCGAUAUCAACAAAGGAGAGGACAUGGACAUCAGGCACUACGUUAAGCUAAAACGGAUUCCCGGCGGCAAGCCGGGGGACACCGCCUACGUGUCUGGCGUCGUCUUCACCAAGAAUCUUGCCCUCAAGAGUAUGCCGCGCCGCAUCAUGAACCCCAGAAUUGUGCUUGUCAGCUUCCCGAUCGAAUACCAGCGCCACCAACAGCAAUUUAUGAGCUUGCAGCCCGUAAUCGAGCAGGAAAAGGAGUUUCUUCGUGUCGUGGUGCAGAGGAUCACAAACCUGAGACCGCACGUGCUUCUGGCCCAAAAGGGCGUCUCUGGCAUAGCACUGCAGUAUCUCUCCGAGGCCAACAUCUCGGUGGCAUACAACGUUAAGGACACUGUCAUCGAGGCCGUUGCCCGAUGUGCCGAGGCCGAAAUCAUCGAAUCUUUGGACAUGCUGGCUCUUCCAGUGCGCGUCGGCAAAUGCUCGGCCUUUGAAGUCAGAACAUUUGUCAACAACGACUACCCUGGUCGGAAGAAGUCAUACAUCUUCCUGUCCGGGUGCCGACCGGAUCUUGGCUGUACGAUUGCCCUGCGAGGUGCAAACAGCAAAUUACUGAGCAAGCUGAAAACCGUCAUGGAAUUCAUGGUCUACGUUGUCUACAACCUAAAACUUGAGUCUAGUCUCUUGAGGGAUGAGUCCGUUGAAGCGCCGGACGCCGCUGACAGCUCCAUGUCGAGCUCGGUGCAAGCACUCAACGAUAGCCUUAGGUCCUUGAGUUCCGCCAGUGCCACGGAUGGCAGCAAAGCUGGGCCGACUAUGGUUAUAAACCAUCCAUCGAGCGAGAGCGAGCCUCCGUCGCAAGUGACGGUUGAGAGCUCCAGUGUGGGGGGUGUCGAGGAUGGCGAAUCGAGUCAACCAGGUCAACCUGUCCCGGAGCGGCCAACGCUCAUUCCCAUGCACGAACAGCACAGCCAUGCAUCUAAUGAUAGCCAAGUGCCCGACGACGUGCCCAUGCCGACCUUUUAUAGCGAUAUGGUGGCCAAGUACGAGACGAAGAUCCUCUCAGCGUCGCCUUACGUCAAGUUCAAGCAGCCUUACCUCUUGAUGAGAGCGCGCGAGCAGGAGAGGCGUCUUUUGUACCUCAAGCGCCUUCGCGACCAAGAUGCUGUCGAAGAGGAUUCGGAAAAGUCUGGGCCGCAAAGAUUCCAACUUAUCAAGCCAGAGAUGGUCGAGAAGAUCGGCCAACAGGCCCCCCGACAGAUCAUGGAGGUGCUGCAUGCAGUGCACGACGCUGAGUACGACAAGGCUUUAUUCAACUACCAGACGCAGACGCGCCAGUGGGAGACGUACAUCCAGGGCAACCUAGAUUUGUUUGAUCCUUAUUCGCACCAGAAUAUUGUCGUCUUAUAUUCGGUCAUCUGCACCGAAACAAAGAUCCCCUGCAUCGAGCCCAACCUGCUGGCCAUCAACUUCUAUGACGAGCAGCACGUGUACACGGGCAUGGAUCCGGACUGUACGCUUGGCCAGUACAUCGAGGACUUGGCCUACGCAAAGACAGACAUCUGCGAAUCCAACGGCUGCGACAAGAAAAUGGGCGAGCACCAUCGCACCUAUGUGCAUGACCAGUAUCGCAUCACGGUCUUCGUGGAAACCGUCACAAACGGAAGCCCAAAGCGUAAGGAGCUCGGCGAUGGCAUCACAAUGUGGACGUAUUGCAAACUUUGCAAGAAGGACUCGGAUGUGACAGCCAUGUCUGAGACUACCUUCAAGUACUCGUUUGGCAAGUAUCUCGAGUUACUUUAUUGGGGCCGCGGUCUCAAGAUGAAGGACGUGGUCGACUGCAUGCACGAUCACCACCAAGACCACGUCCGAUACUUUGGACUGGGUGACUCUCGCAUCCGGAUUCACUUGGAUCCGAUUGAUUUGCUUGAGAUUGUGGUGCCGCGAGCCAGGAUUACGUGGAAAGUGGUCAACGACUUGAAGCUCAAGAACGAAAUCUACACCAAGAUGGAGGAACGCUGGAAUAAGUUCAUGGGAUCCGUCAAGGCCAGGCUCAAGAGUAUCCGGAUCGACAGCGUCUUGCCUGAAAAAGCAGAAUCGUGCAAGGCAGAACUCGAUCAGCUAACGAAAAAGGCAUCGGAAGAACAGUCCGCCAUGGUCCGUCAACUCCAGACGGUGUACGUCGACUCAAAAUACUACGAGGUGGUGCCAUUCAACAGCCUUGUCCGCGAGAUGCUGGAAAAGGCUGGCGAGUGGGACCAGAUCUUUGCGAAGUUCGAGGCCGACUUCCUCGGCGACAAAGACAUGCGACAGUUGACUAUGAUGCAACUGAAGAAGAUGUUUACAGACAACGAAUCUAAGGAGUCUCUGACGUCCACGGAAGGGCCUGGGUCAGCUACCGAUAGCGACGAGCGACCCUCCCAGACGUUCACGGAUCCGGAGGACAAAAGCACGCAGCCCACCGAGUACACCGACACGAAUAUGGAGGCAAGCGCCGAGUCUGCUAAGCCAACUGAGACGUCGGAAGAGGGCAAAGUGGGCGAUGAGGAAAAGGUUUCCAUCCCUGCCGAGGGCGCGAUCGAGCGAGUUGAGCCUCUCGACCUUGCUGGCUCCCCGACUUCCGUCAGAGCGCUGCCUCCGACGCCUCUGUCCCCGCUUCCUUCCGGCAACGAAGCCCUGCCAAAGUCUUCGAGUCCUCCACAGCUCCCAGAUGUGGAGUCUCAAUCGUCUACUGCUUCGACCGGCACGGCCCGCACCCCAACGGAUUCAUCAGUGUCGGGCCAGUCCUUGUCGGAGAAGGUUGACCAGAUGCGGCGUGAACAGGCGCUCCAGGCGGGAGCGGGCUCAGAAGCAGGCCUAGGGACCAGUGAACUUCCGAGGCCGGUGCCCGAUCGUGGUCCGCCUCGAAAGUCUGGUUCGAACAUUUCGCCGCCGUUAGUUCGAGCCAUCUCGCAUCCAGUACGGCCACUGCCCCGGGGGACAUCUGCAAUUGCAAAGCCCGUGAGUGGCAAAGAUAUCAAGCCCGUCGUGGCGGAGUCGCAUGCGGAGCAGCAGCCAGAAGGCUCCAUCAAGGUGGAUAAGAAGCUCUCUGAUCGCCUUGGCCUGACUGCCUUGAAGAACCGCUCUAAGGGGACAACGUCUGGGAUCCCGCGACUUGUGCACAAAAAGAGGGAGUCUAAGGUCUCGACAUUGGCUAGGCACUUUGAGCAACUCAGUCGCGAGUUUGAGAAGGAGCGUAUUCGUGAUCGUAAAGAGCGCGCGGCAACCCUGCGACAGCCUCGAGCGAGGCUGCCAAGGACAUCGACCAAGGCCAUCGUGCAAGUCUACGACGACGUGAAUGAGGCGUUUGAAGAGCCUUCUGCCUUGACCGAAACAGGACCUGAAGCACAGCCAGAGCCUAAACAGACAAACAGUGCGCCUACCGUCGCCCCAGAAGUCCCCAGAUCAGAAUCUCAGGCCGAACCGCCACCGCCGGCGGACAACGACACAAAACCCGAGAGCCAGCAGGCGGCAGAAGAGCCCGACGAGACCAGCAAUGCGAACGCUAGUCAAGCGGCAUCAGAUGACGAGUGCGCGACGAGUGACGCCGAAGCCUCUGUGCCGGAAGAAUUCCUUCCUGACAUCAAAGAGAUUGCUGAUGCACUUGAGCCAAGUACCGAGAUACCUCUCGAACUGCCCAAGCAUCAGAAGACUAGCCUCAUGAAGUAUCUUACCAACUUCUGGGCAGAGAGAUCUGCGAGCGGCUGGCCACCACUCGAGUACCCUGUCAACCCGACGGACCACAUCUUUGUCGACUCGGACAUUAUCGUACGAGAAGACGAGCCGAGCUCUGUCAUUGCUCUAGCGCUUAACAGCGACGACUACCAGGGCAAGCUUGCCACGAUCAGGCUCGAGGCUCAGCAAAUGAUGCAGAGAGAGAACGAAUCCGCCGGGGACGUGGAGCCAAGGUCGGCGCCGGUGUCGGACAGCGCCGACAUGGCCGUGGACGAGACAGAGCUGGAAAUGAGUUUACUGCGUGUCACCGGAACGCACCUGAAGUAUCAGUUCAAGGAGGGACCUGCCGUCAUGACAUGCAAGAUCUUUUAUGCGGAGCAGUUCGACGCUCUGCGACGCAAGUGUGGUGUGGCUGAGCGGAUCAUUGAGUCUCUGUCUCGGUGCUUGAAGUGGGAUUCCAGGGGCGGCAAAACAAAGUCGGUCUUUUUGAAGACUCUAGAUGAUCGGCUGGUGCUCAAGUCACUUUCGCCCGUGGAAACGUCAGCUUUUCUACGGUUUGCUCCUGGAUACUUUAGCAUCAUGGCCGAGGCAUUGUUUCACGAUCUGCCCUCGGUUAUUGCAAAGAUGCUGGGCUUCUUCCAGGUCAUCAUCAAGAACCCCGUGACCGGAACUGACACGAAACUCGACCUUCUCAUCACCGAAAACCUCUUUUACGACCGCUCGCCAACACGAAUUUUCGAUCUCAAGGGGUCCAUGCGCAACCGCAAGAUCCAGUCCACAGGAGAGCAAAAUGAGGUGCUCCUGGAUGAGAACAUGGUUGAGUACAUUUACGAGUCGCCGCUGUUCGCAAGAGAGCAUUCCAAGAAACUUCUUAGGGCGUCGGUGUGGAAUGACACGCUGUUCUUGGCGCGGCAGAACGUUAUGGAUUAUUCACUCAUGAUUGCUGUGGACGAAGAGAGGAAGGAGCUGGUGGUUGGCAUAAUCGACUGCAUUAGGACAUAUACUUGGGAUAAGAAACUGGAGAGCUGGAUCAAGGAUCGCGGCUUCGCAGGAGGUGGUCGCAACAGACCAACGGUAACAAGUCCCAAGGAGUACAAGUCGCGGUUCCGCGAGGCCAUGGCCCGAUACAUCCUGCAAUCGCCCAACUGUUGGCAUCUGUUUAACAACCCGCAGUACCCCGUGUACUACGGGCGAGCGCGAUUUGAAGAGCCCGAGGCUCAGACACAGUGAUUUGGGGGGAUAGAAGGAUACGGAGAACAGGCCAGGAGAUGAUGCAUGCACACAGCGCAGCGUAUCAGAGAAACUUAUGCGUUUAUGACGGACGGGAUUUGAUAUUGGCAAGGCAAGGUAGCGAAGGCGUAAACGAUGGGAAGCCAUGGAUCCGACACGACCUUAUGAGAACUAGGUAGCUGUGGCGCAGUAGGUUUUUUGAAAAGAAAAUAGCCAAAGACAUUCUGCGCUGUGCUUGCGACGGAGCGCAUGUCGUCCUGUAGCGAAUAGUAGCAAGUAAG